UUUUAACCUUCACGAUGUGGAACAAGAGUCCUCUGGAAUUUUUAUAUGAUUUUUUGUUUCCAAUUUUUAUUGAGGGGGGAGCGGCAUUCUUGAAGGCUAUCUCGUGUCAGGAGCGGAGCUUUCCGAUUGGUGGUGCGCUUUUGUGAAUGACUUUAUUUAUUAUGCAGGACGACGCAAGCGACCGGUCGUCCAACCACAUGAGAGGAAUAUCUUUGUUGCUCGGACACAAGUCGUCCUGCUAUGGAGCCUCGUGGUGAAGAAUAUAUCCCCCUGACAAAAAUAUAUUUUCUGGCCAACCUUUAGUACACACUCCAACAACAACAACAAGAACGUACGAGACGCUCCCAGGGUCCCCGUGUCUGGUCUCACUUGAAACCGUGCCAAGAUGAUGUCUGGCUCCGUGGACGACCCCGUCUGCAUUCCCCGGCCCAAACGUGUGAGGUCCUCGGACUCCCUACGGCUUCGUCCCGAGACCUCCGCCACUGCCAGCCCGCUCAGUCCCAAACGGUGUCUCGAGCUCGACGGAGUGAUCGACGUGCUCCGAGCUUACGACUCUUACGAAGGAGGCGUGAACUGCUCGAUCUGUGGUAAACUGUACAAGAGUAAAGUGUGCUUCACCAAACACCUGUGGGAACACUCCGUGUACUGGGACCUGUUCGACGGAGAGAAGAACCACGACCGCGUGCUUUCCAUACAGGCCGCCCUGAUUCUAUAUAAGAACUUCCAGCUAGCAGACCGGGAUCAGAACAGCUUGUCGUUCCUGCUAGUUACCGGCCCCCACACCAAGGACGCCAAGACCGAGCACAGGAGCGACAGCGCCUCUCCAAAAACUAAACCCCGACACAGGCACGACAGCAAAGGGAAGACAAGUACAGACAAUAUGUAAAUUUUCACGGUAACCAUGACAACGAGAGAAAAGAACAGAGUGGUUUCCAUAGCAACAAAAGGACUGACGAUAGUACAGAACGCUACUCGGGUGAUGGGCACGACGAUAUGACCACGCUAUUGGACGAGGAUCGUUGCCAUGGUGAUGCUUAUGACGGACACCACAGAUCGCCAGUAUCGAAUGGCGCGAGUUUCCAUGGCGACAGUUGCCAUGACAGUCGUUUCUAUGGUAUUAAAAGAAUGAAAAUGAUCUAACAUACUCAUAGCGCGUACUAGUUGUUUCUGACAGCAUUACAUAUUCCGGCACCCUAGAUUCUUUUGUAUAGAUAAGUAAGUUAGAGAGAGAAUUGUAUAGCUUUAUUUCAAGAAGAAAAGAAAAGUAAGUUGAUUGAUAACAAA